AUGAGGUUCAAUGUUGAGGACUUUGAGGAAUUUGUUACGGCGCGUGAGAUGGAACAUGCACAAGCUCAGAUCGAGAACGAGUCGACAAGAGAUAAGAGAUUUCCGAGGUCCCUGUGUCAGUACACGAAUAUCAUAAAACCUGGAAUCUCAGCAGCAACGAUCGGAUCUGAGGUAUCGUCACCAUCUAUCACUUCAUCAUCUGUUUCGUCGGAUGCUUCCUCCUUCGACGCCUCAUCUACAAAUGUUGCUUCCAGUUCUAGCUCAAUGAUCAACUUAACAAAUAAGUCUCGACACUUCGAAUCGAAGGAUCUUUAUGAUAUCCCGGACCUUCCGAUAUGGAAGCCUAAAAGUUGUGGCCAAGUCAGGUUAGAAGAACAAGCGCCAAGAUACCAGAUUGAGGAAGACCUCAUAGCUCUGUAAAUCAGUUUUAUUGUAGAGGUGGACGUGAUUUCCAUUAUAGAAGUGGAGAAUAUUCUAGUGAUACGUUGAUCAAAUACAUCUUAACACAAAAUCUGACCAGUCUAUACGAAGUAAUUUAA